AUUUUCUUCCCCUUUCUCCUUACUUUUAUUAUUAUUAUUAUUAUUAUUUCUUUUUUACUCUGUAGUUUUCUUGUCACUAUUAUUACUACUAUUAUUAUCACUUUAUUAUUAUCAUAAUAUUACAAUCAUAUGUCUAUCUCGUUAUCAACUUGUUACAACAAUCUUGGAUUAGGUCGAUGGGAGGAAUUGUGUCACGAGUUCUUGUCUUCUGUCUUACCAAUGGAGGAGUCUGCAAUGUCACUCGAUGAUUUGUCAAGUUCGACGUGGCGCAUCAUUUUCCUCAAGGAUGAUUGUUUCUUGCAAUCACCCUCCACUAAUAAUGCUUAUAUACCACCUACGAGUACUCCUACAACCACUGUGCCAACUAUACCAACAUCAUCUCCUAUCACUCCUACCAAUACUCUUACCAUUACACCUCCUACUACACCUCCUCCUACUAAGUGUACUUCAUCUGUUUCUAUAGCAACAGGUCUCAUGGAUGACACCGAUGAUGUUCAAUCAUUCUUCUCAAUAUCUUCUUCUUCUCCUUCAAGUCCAAUUGAACCUCUUUUUGAUGGUAUUGAUUUCAAUCAUCAUCCAGAUCAUGAUGAUGAUGAUGAUAUUAUGCCAUCGGAAUUUAAAGAUACCUCGACAACGACAAUAACAUCAACAAAAAAAUCCUUCCAACAACGAAAAAGGAAAAGACAAGCCAAACCAAGAAACAAUCAACAAAAACGACGAAAACACAAUAAUCAAGAUGAACCGACUUGUUUUUUUGAUCAACUUUCUUGUGAUGGCAUUCGAUGGUGUCGAUACUGUGGUACAACUGAAACAGUAAAUUGGCGUCCUGGACCAUGGGGCAAACGAACUCUAUGCAAUAAACAUGGAUGCGAUUAUAAAGGAUAUGGUGUAGUAGGACGGUCACCAAGAUUGGAUUUGUCGGCGUAUCGGGAUGAACUUUUGGAAGAUCGGCAUCGUCCAGUGAUACAAGAUUUCUGUGCUCUUUGUCAUGAACAGAUAGAUAUCAAUAAAAAACAACAAUGGAUGCGAUGUGAUGGUGGAUGCUCACGUGCUUAUCAUCAUCAUUGUUUUCAACUCGAACAUGAUAAUGAUGGUUGGUCUAUGGAUGAUACUUCUUUAUGGUUUUGUGAUGCUACUUGUUAUGAUAAUCGAAGAAAGAAAAGAGUUAUUGUAGAUUUGCCCCGAAUACAACCCCUGAUGCACCCUAAAAAACAAAGAAAAAGUUUAUCUUCCCCUUAGUUUACUUACUCCUCGUUUACAUUUGUAUUAACUUUGUGUGAUGAAAGAAAAAUAAUAAAAAUUCAAACUCCUCGAUUCAUAUUUUUUUUUUCUCUCAUAUUAUUUUUUUUUCCUUUGCACUUUGUCUUUGCUUACUUUUUUCUUCCCUUUUUUUUUUUUUUAUUAUAACCAUGGCCAAUCGAACUAUUGCUGGUGCUAAUUG